AUGUCCUACGGCGGAUACGGUGGCUCAUCCUACGGCGGCGGAGGCGGCGGAUACGGCGGCGGCGGGGGUGGCUACGGUGGUGGUGGCGGUGGCUACGGCGGUGGUGGCGGAUACGGUGGCGGAGGUGGCUACGGCGGCGGAGGAGGAUACGGCGGAGGCGGCGACCGCAUGAGCGGCCUCGGCAGCGGCCUCCGCGCGCAGAACUGGGACGCGGCGACCCUCUCCAAGUUCGAGAAGAACUUCUACGAGGAGGACCCGCGCGUGACGGCUCGCUCCGACCGCGAGGUGGCCGAGUUCCGCCGCGAGAAGGAGAUCCAGAUCUUUGGGCAGAACAUCCCCAAGCCCGUCACCAACUUUGACGAGAUGAACUUUCCCUCGUACAUCAUGGCCGAGAUCAAGCGCGCCGGCUUCACUGCCCCUUCGCCCAUCCAGUGCCAGGCGUGGCCGAUGGCCCUCUCGGGACGCGACCUCGUCGCCGUCUCGGCCACCGGUUCCGGCAAGACGAUUUCGUUCGCCCUCCCCGCCAUGAUCCACAUCAACGCCCAGCCCCUCCUCUCGCCCGGCGACGGCCCCAUCGUCCUCAUCCUCGCUCCGACCCGCGAACUCGCCGUCCAGAUCCAAGAAGAGUGCACCAAGUUCGGCUCGUCGUCGCGCAUCCGCAACACGUGCGUCUACGGCGGCGUCCCCAAGGGCGGACAGAUCCGCGACCUCCAGCGCGGAAGCGAGAUCGUCAUCGCCACCCCCGGUCGCUUGAUCGACAUGCUCGAGGCGGGCAAGACCAACCUCCGUCGCGUGACGUACCUCGUCCUCGACGAGGCAGACCGCAUGCUCGACAUGGGUUUCGAGCCCCAAAUCCGCAAGAUCCUCGACCAGAUCCGUCCCGACCGCCAGACCCUCAUGUUUUCGGCGACCUGGCCCAAGGAGGUCCAGAAACUCGCCCACACGUACCUCAAGGACUUUAUCCAGGUCACGAUCGGUUCGCUCGAACUCUCGGCCAACCUCAACAUUACCCAGAUCGUCGAGGUCUGCUCCGACUUUGAGAAGCGCGGCAAACUCGUCAAGCACCUCGAGAAGAUCUCGUCCGAGAACGCAAAGGUCCUCAUCUUUAUCGCGACCAAGCGUGUCGCCGACGACCUCACCAAGUACCUCCGUCAAGAUGGCUGGCCGGCGCUCGCGAUUCACGGCGACAAGGCCCAGCAGGAGCGUGACUGGGUCCUUGGAGAGUUCAAGAGCGGGCGAUCGCCCAUCAUGAUUGCUACCGACGUUGCGUCCCGCGGUCUCGACGUCAAGGACAUUGGCUACGUCAUCAACUACGACAUGCCUAACGGUAUCGAAGACUACAUCCACCGCAUCGGACGCACCGGUCGUGCCGGCGCCAAGGGUACCGCCUACUCGUACGUGACUCCGGACCAGGGCCGUAUCGCCAAGGACCUCGUCAAGAUCCUCCAGGACGCCAAGCAGGUCGUCCCGCCUCAGUUGCAGGAGAUUGCGAUGUUCUCUAGCGGCGGCGGAGGAGGACGUGGGAGGGGCGGAGGAGGACGCGGAGGAGGACGUGGAUACGGCGGUGGAGGAGGCGGAUACGGUGGAGGUGGAGGAGGCUACGGCGGUGGAGGAGGCUACGGCGGCGGCGGAGGACGCUGGUAA